AUGGCAGCUGCCGAUCCAUUGCCGGCAAAGUCCGUGCCUGUUAAGGACACCACCACAUGUGGUAACGACACCGUCAAGGCCACGAAACAAAAACAGAGACCUCUUGACACUGCGCUGCUGUGCAACAGGUUGGAAGAACACCAGCGAGAGCAAGAGGCCGCCAGACUGCGUCGUGAGAAGCGAAAUGCCGUCCGGAACGGUUCAUAUGUCCCUCGCAGUGCUGCGAAAUCGUUCGCUGCGACUGCGACGCCAAUGAGGGAUGUCACGAAUUUGCCGAAAGGUCCUGGAGCGAAGCGUCGAUCUGCACCACCCAACUUCAUCGCUGAACCGCUUACGGUCGACGGCAGGAUAUGUAUCCCUGCGAGACAGCGAUAUGCGGCAUUGAACUUCGGCAUUGGAAAUAGCGACGUUGUUGGCAUGUCUGAGGACGAGGAGGUGUCCCCAAUCAAGCCUUAUCGACUCGAGGGCACCCGUGAUCCCAAGCGGGACUUGAAGAAGCUGGAAGAGCGAUGUCCGUACAAGCCUGCCAAGAAGGGUGUCGUUGAGUUGAAGAACUCAGCUGCCGCUCCACGUAAGGCAUCGCUUCCGUUGCAGGCGGAACGAAGACCAGCUAUCAACGAAAGGCGAUCGUCCAUCCAACCGACACAACUCCAGCGAUCCAAGUCAACGUCGACCGCGCCAGCUCCGCCGCCAGUUGCUCAGGAAGAACCGAAGAUGCCUGAGCAUGCUGAGACGAGCAAGCCAGAACGUAUCACAGAUCAGCUUCCAGAGUUGGGUCUUCCUAGGGAAGUCUCCCCUCUAAGAACUGAGGAAUUGGAACUUGCACGAGGGGAUGAACGGUGGCCCUCGAUCAAUCAGGACGAAACCAGCGCAAUCCAGGCCUCAGUUCAGUCUGCAGAAGAGCCUGUCGAACCUAGCGAGCACGUCGAUAGUGAUCAGCGUGCAAUCUCCUUGAUCCAGGCGCUCAAUAUGGACUGGAACCAAUCUGAUGAGGCUGAACAUUCGGAAACCGCGACAUCAUUCAAGUGGGACCAGUAUGAUCCGUUCAAGCCGCAGACACGGGGCUCAGCUAAGUCGGAGAAACACAAUCUGACGAGACUGGGAUCCAAACGUGACUCCAUGAACCCAGCCCAGAACGGCAGUCAGAAUGGUGACACCAGUGGGACUCAAUCCACGCCACAUCGUCGACGAUCGAGCCCGCGUACUAGCCCGCAGAAACACACAAGCCCAAGUCAUGUGGUUGAAGAGCGAGGGCGACAACGGUAUCGUCCAGGUGACGCAGCGAAACGCCGUACCAUGGCAGAUCCUCUUCCUCCUCCUGUGCACUGGCCUCUAGAGCAAACUCCAGUGAAGAAAGAUCUCCGACCAAUAUCAUUCCACGCUAUUACGGAAAGCCGGCUUUCAAGAUUCCUGGAAGAAGAGGCGUCGUUGGAUGCGCCCAUACCGGAAGUAGACGAAAGCCUGCUGGCAAACCCACGACCAAAGCUGGUACCGCAUGAUAGACCGAAUUGGACUCAGCAGUCCCAGGACGGUGACGACUUCAGGCACACGUUGAACAGCUUCUUCCCACGGCCUGGAAGGAAAGCUGCGCAGACGAAUCGUCACAGCAGCAUCUUGGCGCCUUUCGCAGAGCCAAAGGCGCCGUCGCCCAAGAAGUAUACUGGUCCUCAGAACGACCAUAUGAUAGCCGAUGCUGUCAAGAUCAUCCAGCAGCAGGAGAAGGUGAAGCGGAGAGAGAGCGUGAUUGGAUUCUUCAAGAAACUGUAG